AAUAGAAAGGCCUGGAAAUUGGUUAAUAAUAACCCGGGCACAUUGUUGGAUAGUAAAACUGACCAUGGCGAGACCCAAAGAGAAUGUAUACCGCGAAAUUUGUAGCGAGAAAACUCUUCAAUCCAACGGGAAGGGUUUCUUCUUGACGUUUGUAGAAUGUGUGGAACAAAAUGCGGGCAAAGAAUGGAUAGAAACCAGGUUCGGCCGGCUCAAGACCGACAAGGAACGCUUAAAGACUGUUUUCGUUGAAGCAGCGACCGGCGAAACUCUCAAACGGUUCCUAUCGAACGUGCGCGAAGUUUACCGACCGAAAAACGCGGAGUUCUCACGAAAAAAACGGGCCGAAGCCGAAACGUCGCUCGAACGAGGCGAGCACCAGAAAUCUUUCGUGCUCUUCAGCCAGAGCGUGUUGCGAGCGCCCAGACAAGACCUGCCUCUAGCCCUCUGGGGUAGAUCUCAGGCGCUUCUAAAGAUGAACAAAUUUUCGCUGGCCCUAUCGGACGUCCAACUGGCCUUAAAAGAAGGCUUGGCGGACGAAUACAAAGCUCUGGCUUUCUGGAGUAUGGGCGUAUGCCACAAGGCAAUGGACGACGCGAAUAAAGCCAGGGUUUCGUUCGGUUUGGCUGAAAAACUUUUAGUGAACGACGCCGGACUCUUAAAAUCGCUCAAAUGCGACGAAACGCGCACGGUCGCCGAAGAAAAACCGAAAAAACGAAAAAUAAAGACGCCCGAAAUAUUAAACGAGUCGGUCGGCAGUCUCGCCGGUGCUAGUGCGAAGCUAUCGCUGAAAAAAAGCGAUGAAUUGGGACGCUACGUGGUAGCUAACAAAAAUAUUUCAACGGGGGAGACUUUGGUGGUGGAAGAGCCCUACGCGGCUUGUUUGUUACCAGAAAUGUUCGGUACCCACUGUCACCAUUGCUUCGCCAGGUUAGAGUCGGCCGUAGGGUGUACCGAAUGCUCGAGCGUAGCUUUUUGCUGUACCGCGUGCAGGGACCGAGCAAUUUCGACAUAUCACCGGUACGAGUGCAAGUACCUGGACCUGCUCAUCGGCUCCGGCAUGAGCAUUCUGUCGCACACUGCUCUGAGGAUGAUCACACAGUACGGACUCGAACGUUGCCUCAAAAUAUACGAGAACAGAGACGAGGAAAACGUUUAUCGGUUGUGCUGCAACGCCGACAAGAGGACGUCCGGAGAUUUCUUGCAGAGGACCCUGAUGGCGGCAUUUCUGCUCAAAUGUCUUCAGGAAUCGGGAUUUUUCGGCAACACAAGGCAAGAUACUCACGUUUUUCCGACGGAGCCCGAAUUCCAUGUCGGCGAACUACUGCUCUACAACUUGCAAAUGCUUCAGUUUAACGCCCACGAGGUGUACGAGACUCUGUAUCCCACGAAACAUCAUAUUAGGGACUCGAAAACUUUGUACAUAGGCGUCGGGAUUUAUGCGACCGCGUCUCUUUUCAAUCACGAUUGCCACCCAGCCCUCACAAGACAUUUUUCCGGCAAAAAAAUCGUUUUAACAGCGGCAAGGCCGUUAGAUGCAAACGACAACGUGCCUGAAAAUUACGGGCCAAUCUUUACGAGAAAGUCUUUAACUGAAAGGCAAAAAUACCUGGCAGGCAGAUACUGGUUUAAAUGCGGCUGCUUCGCUUGCAAACAAGAUUGGCCCACCUUAAAAAAUGGUCUAGGAAGCGUCAGCGAAAGGAUAAGGUGUCCGAGAGAGAAAUGUCUCGGCUUUUUUACGUGUCCCUUGAAGAACGAGACCCCGAGGUGUCCAAAAUGCAAACAAACUGUCAAUUUAUCAGAUAGGGUAUUGCUGCUUCGUGGCUGCAAAGAAGAAUACAAUGGGGCGUUCGAAAUUAUGAACUCCGGAGACACGCGGAAGGCUGCCGAUAUUCUCCAAGCAGCUAUCAAUACAUUUUACAGGGUAUCUCUCCCACCGCAUAAGGACACACAAUUGGCUGAAGAAAUGUUGAGAGCGUGCGUAGCUGAUACAGGCAACACGACGGAAUGUUACGCCAAAUAAAUAUUAUAAAAACA